CACCAUGACAAUAACCAAUAAAUCGAUGUAAAGAGUUAGAUCCUAUAUUGAUAACCAUUUUGUACUGGCCAAACUGUUUGAUUUCUGGAGGAUUUCUGCAGGCUUUGUAUUUUAACUUUUUGGAGGGUCAAAAGAGACAUUAUGAAGUAUUUCUGGGAAGAUCUGAGAUAUUUCGGGACUCUUGGAACAGCCGGGAUAUCGCUUGAUUGAACAACAAGAAGAAGCUUAACUAUAGGAAGAGAAUGAUCAAUAUCUGCUUUCUGUGGGGAAUUUUUAAGAAAAAAGCAUCGGGAGAAAAACUAGCUCUUGGACAUCUGAACUAACACUGGAUAUCUGAACUUUCUUUUCUGUGUGAUAUCAAGGACAACAGAUUACUUUAAUUAUAUCUCUCAAGUGCAUUUGCUUAUCAAAUUUCUAUGAAAGAAGAAGCUUAUCCAUCUCAAUUAAUCUAACAAAUUCAGCUGAGCUCUUGGUUUGCAAAACUCAGGUCUUAGUUUAUUAGUUAUAUUGUAGCACAACAGCAAGAAGAUGUCUGACAUGUUUGACGUCCCACGUGUGCGCUCAGACAGUAUGUCCAGCACAGCGUCACUGUCUACUUUACGGCUGAUGCUUCGCCAGCGGCUCUCCCAGCUGCUCACCUGUGUGGAAGAUCUCAGUUCAGAUGAUGAAGCCAGUGAGGAAGUGUCCCGCAUGCUGGACGAAGCCUUCCAGCUCUGUGGAAGAAACACCAACAAAGAGUCCUUCAGGCUGCACAUGGUCACAUGGAAUGUUGGCACAGCGGAGCCACCAGCCGAUGUGACUUCAUUACUGCAGCUUGACUCGCAGCCGGCCACUGACCUCUAUGUUAUUGGUCUACAGGAAGUGAAUUCCACUCCGGUGAGGUAUAUCUCUGACCUCAUUGCUGAAGACUCAUGGAGUCACCUUCUUAUGGAUACCCUCGCACCAAAGGGUUACAUAAAGGUGACCUCAGUGAGAAUGCAGGGUUUGCUGCUGAUAUUGUUUGCAAAGCAGGUCCACCUCCCCUUCAUUAGAGACAUCCAAAGUACAUACACCCGCACAGGCCUGUUUGGAUACUGGGGAAAUAAAGGUGGUGUGUCUGUGCGUUUCUCGUUCUAUGGUCACAUGCUGUGUUUUCUGAACUGUCACCUGGCGGCUCAUAUGAACUAUGCCCUACAACGUAUGGAUGAGUUUGAAUAUAUACUGGACACGCAAGACUUCGAUAUUUACAACACGCCAUAUGUGCUUGACCACAAGGUGGUCUUCUGGUUUGGUGACCUGAACUUCCGAAUCGCUGACCAUGGGAUGCACUUCCUCCGCUCCUCAAUCAACAAUGACCGAUUUAACCUGUUGUGGAACAAAGAUCAGUUGACCAUGUUGAAGAAGAAUGAACCUAUUCUUCAAGAGUUUGAAGAGGGGCCUUUGCAAUUCAAACCCACAUAUAAAUUUGACCGCUUCUCUGAGACCUAUGACACAAGAGUGCCGAAGACAUGGUUUGGCUUUACUGGUAAAAAGCGGAAGCCUGCCUGGACGGAUCGGAUCUUGUGGAGGAUAAAGCCCAAAGCUUCGGACAGUGAGGAUGAGAGCAGGUCAACAACAUCAUCUGCUGAUGAUGAUGAGUACCCAGUUAAGGUGACACAAGACAUGUACACCUGUGAUGUCUCAUACGGGGUCAGUGACCACAAACCCGUCAUCGGGACUUUUAAUCUGGAGAUAAGGAAAAAGGUGGAGACCGCUCUGGUAAGGCUGACUGCAGAGGGUUGCUGGAGCGCUGAUGAAGAUGCCUUACUCACCUACACCAUCCUGGAGACCUUUGAGGCCUCCACCUGGGAUUGGAUCGGCCUGUACAAGAUCGGCUUCAAAAGUGCCUCCGAUUACAUCACCUUUGCCUGGGUCAAAGAUGAUGAAGUGGCUGCCAACGGAGAAGUUGUAAUGGUCACUGUAAGUAAGGAUGAGCUCCCCCUGCUGGCAGGGGAAUAUGUAGUUGGCUACUACAGCAGCAACAUGCAGACCAUCAUUGCCUUUAGUCCGACUUUCCAGAUUCUAGAGUCCAAACGGGCUGUAAUGGAGGGUCUGAUUCCCGAGAACAUCAACGGACAUGAGAAGUAACAGGAAUCUUUGCUAACCUGCUGUGCAAGUGCUCAACCAACCAUUACAGCAAGAGAUCUGAUCUAGGAUCAGUUUUCUCCCUGUGUAAACUGACUUUGGUCAGUAUGGUUUUAAAAGGUCAAAUUCAUUCUGAAACACCUGUCUGAUAUAAUGAGUAUAAACCUCAGGCUUUAAUAUUUCCCAAACAACAGUUAAGUCACUGAACAUACCGCCACCUCUCUCUCUCUCUGUGCCUGUCCUCAAAAUGUUGAACUCUUGAACUCUCUGAAUCUGUUGCAAACACACUGAACACAUUUCACUGUACUAAUGCGUCUUGUAAUACCUGCACAUGCCACUAGAGGGACAGAUAAAAAAUAAAAAAGAAUAAAGAAAAUUACAGAGGUAAAUGAUUCUUAACACAAUUUGAUCUGCAUAUUACUUGCUAAGAGAUUGCCAAAGUAAGUCUAAUUAGUCUGUUAAGUGUCUCCAUACAAGAAUAGGCAUUUAUCUAUGGCAGAAAGUGUGUGGAUGUCAGUUAGUUGUACAAGAGUACACUUUACAGAGGAGAUGGUGGUAAAUGCAAUAUUGUGCCAUAAUAGUUUGGUUAAUAUGCUCCACUGACUCAUAUACAUUACAAAAAUGUAGAAAAGACAUAAAUGCUGUCACCUCUGUUUUACUUACCAGCAAUUAAAUAGGUUCUAAUGUUCUAAAUUACCUCUUUAAAAAAAUAAAAAUUAUUUUUACCAGUUGUAUCAUACAUUAUAUCUUAAAUGUAUGACUUUUAUAUUUACUUUGACCAUUCAAUCUUAAAGAGUUACUUUUUCCGUUCCUUAUUUCAUAGUUUCCCAUUGGUGCUGUGUGCAGAACUUGCAUUAUAUAUUUUGUGUCUUUUACUCUCAGUGCCUGUGCAUGUGUCUUAUGUCAGCAAGAGUUACUUUAACUUCUUAUUGCCAAAAUUUCCAUUUGUAACCUGCACCAAAAACAUUGAGUAUUCUUGAAAAAGCCUAAAAUCUCCUUCUGUAUGAACAUAUCACUUCUUAACUUUCUCCUUAUAAGUAGUGUAACUAUAUUCUCGGAAGUGUAACGAGAUGAAUCAAACCCUCGUGAUUUACAUUAAAUGUAAUAAAAUAUGUUUCUAUAGUCAAGCAAAUGAACACACCUGUGUUAUUGGGAUUCUAAAAAUCAUUAGAAUAUGAAGGUUUGGAUUUAUUUUUUAGUAAACGUGUGUUUCAUGUUAAAUUGUUGUGGAUUCAUUGUAAAUGCAUAUCAGGCAAUUCAUUUUUUUAUUUUUUUUUACAAACUGUGAGUCGAAAUAAUUUUCAUUUAAUUAAUUACAUAGCUGACACCAUUAAUUGUGACAUCUGUUGUGAUGUGGAUUUUUUUUUUUCUUAUCCAACAAAAUCCUUUCUCUACAGUGAAAUAAUAUCUUCAAUAUCACUGUCAGUACUGUUGCUCAGCUUUGAGAUCUAUACAUUUUCUCAAAGGUUUCUGUACUUUACUUCAGGGGGCGCUGUUUACCUGCGUAUUCACUUGAUUACAAUGAACCCAAAGUCUGCAAUUCACACAUGCAUAUAUGCACAAUAACAGACUAUAUCGUCACACAGUUGUGUACAGUAAUCAGCACUGGAGAUACUGUGUGGGUUUACAUCUAGGAGCACUUUAUGUUAAUUACAGCUAUAAAUCAGUCUAGGGCUUGUGCAGUACUCUAAGAGGUGGUCUUCAGCAUGUCAGAAAGAGAACAAAGAACUCGCUAAAACACACCGUGAGUCAGCCAGUGAUCAUGAGCUAUGAAACAAUGGCACUGGAGCCAUUAUUUCUUGUGCAUGACAGUAAAUCUAUAUUUGGGAUAGUAAACCCAGAAAACAUCUAUAGGCACUUUUUUCUAGACAAACAAAGCUCAGCUUUAGAGAAAGGGUGUAUAGGCCCUUAGAACUUUAACAGCAUCAGCACCAUAUGCCACCCUGUUUUGCAAGGAAUAUUUCAUAGAUACAGUGACAAAUGGCUGAUGCACAAUAAAGAAUUAAUGGACUUUUACAUGUUUUUUC